AGCAGUGUGUGUCCUGCUGCUUAGCAUCGCAAGGCUCAGCACCCACCAUGGCCCUGCGCAUCCUGCUGCCUCUGCUCCUGCUGGCGGCUGCUCUCCUGCUCCACCAGGCUGAAGGUGUGGACAAUCCGGCCUCAGACUGCUGCCUGAAGACCAGCCAGAAGGCCAUCUCCAUCAAGUGGGUGAAGUCCUACAGCAUCCAGGGCCCCGAAUCGGGAUGCGUGCUGCGUGCUGUUGUGUUCACCACCAAGAAGAACAAGAAAAUCUGCUCCUCUCCUACCGACCCCAUUGUCCAGAAGUUGAUCAAGAGCCUGGACAGCAAAAGAAAAAGCACUCCCCAGCGCAAAUCCAAGAGGCAGAAGAGGAAGCAGGUCUAAGCCAGGCCUGGAGAGGACAAACACUUUCCCCGCUGACCACCGACCAGCAAUGGACACCUGCAGUGCACUCACCUUCCAGCGCUCUGUCAAGAGGAGGUGGCUGUGGGGACUAUGCUCUGCCCCACGUCCCCCUCCCCACUGCCAGCACCCCCUCUCCCCAGCAGGGAGCUGAACCCCAGCGGUGAGCACCUUCACCAUGGUGGGGGAGUUCCUGCAAGGCACCUGGUGGGAUGGCAGCUUUGUUUGGGGAUAUUAUACAUUUGUAUUUAUAUUAAAGACUCUGCUUUACACAGUUGCACCUGGAGGGCUCUGCUUGCAGCUUCACAGAGCACCCUUAAUGCUGCAGACUGGCUUUUCUGGAAGAUGGCUCUUAUUUUUAUACCAAAUAAAUGAUAGCUGCAGUUCAUUCACCUCUAGCCCACUUGCUCCUUUCUGGCUUGCAAGCAGUGGUGCCCAGGCAGGUUGCUGCCUCCCAUGAACACCCACAGUGGCUGAGAGCAGCAUGAGGGUUGCAGGUUCUGCUGUAGUGCUGGGCUGGGGCUUACCUUUGGCUUUAACAACAAGCUGUUGCGGUAUUACUUGUAGGAAGAUAGGUUUUUUUCCACAUAUCCUUUGAUUUUUUUCAAUCCUUCUUUUUUUAGGUAUAAAAUUGCAAUGAAGCCAGAGCAAACUUUUCAUUUUAGUGCAAUUUUACCGCUUUGUCCUCACUUGUUUUUGCUGUAUUCAGAGAUUCAGGCAUUAUUAAGCAAAGUGCUUUGCUUUCAGGAACGAUAAAAGAAAACUCUCUUAGGCUUUCUUCUCCAAAACGAAAUGUGUGCGUGGUGGAAAUAGUGCAUGGGAGGCUAUGCAGGUGCAGGAAUGGAAGAAUCUGCAGAAUUCAUUGCAGAUACAGCAGUGAGUAGCUCUAUCAAACCCUGAGCACACUGAAAGGUGAGGCUGCAAGCAGGUGGAUGGGCAGAUCCCCUGUCUGCAGCCCCCCGCUGUGCUGAGGAACGAUGGAAAGGCUCUGCAAAAGCCACAGUGCUGUUUGCUCGCAGCCUUCAGACGUGGACUUCAGUCAGUAAGGGUCUAUUAAGCUGUAUGAUUGCAGUAAUAGGAUUUGUGGGGCUUAAAUUUCAGCACAGGAAGCGUGCUGGCUGGGGAAUGCUUGUAGGUGAGUGCUUCUAUUGAGUACAUUUAUAUGGCUGAUUGCUUUAUCUGGUGGGCGCUGAGGUGUAUUCUUUUAAGACUGUAAAGAAACUGUGAAGAACCCGAUACCGACCCUGGGCACUGAGCCGGCCCUGUGCCACAGUGCGGCUGUCCGGGCUCCAGGCAGGAUGCAAGGCAAUAAAACAUAUCCUUCAAACACAA